GAACAAGAACUUCCAAUGUUGCUACAGGUGGUGGAGUUGUAGCAGUGGUGUGAAAAGCCAUGUCCACAUUAGCUCACUCGGAGACUUAAGAAUCAUUAACUAAAUCCCUGUUUCUUUCUGUGGAAGCUUCGCUGAAAGUCAUGUGACUUAGCGUAUAUACAAGAUCAUUACCUAUCAGUGCAAACAUAUGGUAAAGUCUGUCCAUGUUAUUGCUUAUCUCAGAGAGUGCAAAGGGGCUGUGACAUUUCAAGCAAAGCCUAUUGGUGAGGGAGUUUCUAUGUGAGUUUUCUUAAAGAAGCACUUCCUUUUUGAUCAUAACCUUGUGUGGGAAAGCAUACCAAACAUUUCUCUCUAAGAGACUACAGACAAGAAGAUUUACAUAAUUCUUCUGCCUCUAUGAAAAGAGAAGAAAUGCUGAUACAACAUUACAUUAUGACUGUAAGCUGUGUAUUUACCUGGACUAUGGAGAGUUAGUUUGCUGGGGUUUGAGAUGCAUUUCUCAGAGAAGCAUCAUUUUGAAGAUAACUUCAGUGGAAGUGUUAUUGCUGCCCAUGAGAGGGUUCCUUCUGGAAUCUUGUGUUUGAUUAUAGCAUAAUCUUUCUGUGUGUGUCUUCCUUCUCUUGAAUUCUCUACUAAACUCUCCACUCUCAUCUAAUAUGGACUUCUUCACCUGGACUACAUGUUGUUCUUGUCAAUCUUCUGGUUGCCAGAGCGUAUGAACAACAGCAGAAACUGUAAAAAUUUGUUUCCGCUUGACUGAAACUUUGUGAAAGCUGUGGAAAGUAACUAGUGGUCUCAGACUAUGAACUACGUGGGACAACUUGCAGGUCAAGUCCUGGUUACUGUGAAGGAGCUGUACAAAGGCAUCAAUCAGGCUACUCUUUCAGGAUGCAUUGAUGUCAUUGUGGUCCGGCAGCAGGAUGGUACAUACCAGUGUUCUCCUUUUCAUGUCCGAUUUGGGAAGCUUGGGGUCUUGCGCUCUAAGGAAAAAGUGAUUGAUAUAGAAAUUAAUGGCGAUGCUGUUGAUCUUCAUAUGAAACUGGGUGACAAUGGAGAAGCUUUCUUUGUACAAGAAACUGAGGAGGAAAAUGAAAAAGUGCCUGCGUAUUUGGCAACUUCUCCAAUACCCACUGAAGACCAGUUCUUUAAAGAGACUGACAAUCAUUUGAAAUCAGGUGAAAAUGAGAGGACGUGUCCAAACUCAGAAGUUCCACACUCUGUGGAAGCAGAGACUGUAUUCACCCCAGGUUCUGUGAAAAAGAAGAAAAGAAGAAGAAAGAAAUACAAACAAGAUAGCAGGAAGGAAGAUCAAAUCUCUUCUGCUGGGAUAGAAGAGGUUUUUGAAAUGGAAAUAAGCUCAGAUGAUGAGAAAGGUGUUCAACCGCUAAGAGGAUCCUCGAAUUCAUCACCAAAGGAUGAAGAACAGAAAGAAGCUUUGAUUUAUCACUCAAAAGAUCAUUACCCCUUAUCUGAUGGAGAAUGGUCCCCUCUGGAGAACCCUUUCUCUGAGCCAGUCUGCCCUAAAAGUGAUUCAGAACUAGAAGUUAAACCAGCUGAGAGCUUGCUUAGAUCUGAAUCUCACAUGGAAUGGACAUGGGGAGGAUUCCCAGAAUCAACCAAGAUAAGCAAGAAAGAAAAACUGGAACAUCCAAGAACAGCUACCAUUACACCAUCAGAGAAGACUCAUUUUAGGGUCAUUCUCCACUCUGAUGAAGUUGAUGAUGAUGAUGUCGUGAAAGAUUCAGUCUGUACAGUACUGAAACCUGAGCCAAGAACUCAUCCUCUGCUUAAGCAGAUGGAUGUUAAAGAUUCCCUUGCUUCUGCAAUCAUAGAACCACAAGAUUCAUUACCAGUAGAUGCUGAUCAUCAUUCCAGACUGUUGGUGGAUCCAUCACCAGAAACAAAGCCACCAGCAAAAUUUGACUCCCCUUCAAAAAAGAAAGGGGUGCACAAGCGAAGUCAUCAUCAGGGGCCUGAUGAUAUCUACUUGGAUGACCUAAAGGCUUUGGAACCUGAAGUUGCAGCACUCUACUUUCCCAAAAGUGAUUCUGACCCAGGCUUCAGGCAGUGGGCAGAGUCAGAUACCCUUUCUGGUUCCCAGUCACCACAAUCCGUAGGAAGUGCUGCUGCUGAUAGUGGCACAGAGUGCAUGUCUGAUUCUGCUAUGGACUUGCCUGAUGUCACGCUGUCACUCUGUGGAGGUCUCAAUGAAAAUGGAGAGAUUUCUAAAGAAAAAUUCAUGGAACAUAUUAUUACUUAUCAUGAAUUUGCUGAAAAUCCGGGACUCAUAGACAAUCCUAAUCUGGUAAUAAGGAUUUAUAACAGGUAUUAUAACUGGGCAUUGGCUGCUCCAAUGAUUCUGAGUUUGCAGGUGUUUCAGAAAAGUUUACCCAAGGCUACAGUCGAGUCUUGGGUCAAAGAAAAAAUGCCAAAGAAGUCUGGAAGGUGGUGGUUCUGGCGCAAGAGAGAAAGCAUGACUAAACAGAUACCAGAGGCAAAGGAGAGGAAAUCGGAGACGCAACGAGCAAAUGAGCUGCCAGCAACUAUAAAAGAGCAAGUUAAUAGUAGACCUACGGAAGAUGAUUCUUCUAGUGAUGAAGCGUCGCAGGAAUUGAAAGAAUCCCUGAAAAUAGAUUCUGUCCCAGCGGAGCAUCCAACCCAUGGGAACAUUCCAUCUUAUAAGAAGUCACUCAGACUAUCUUCAGACGAAAUAGCAAAGUUGAAGCUCAAAGAUGGCCCUAAUGAUGUUGUGUUUAGUAUUACAACUCAGUAUCAAGGGACUUGUCGGUGUGCAGGAACAAUAUAUCUCUGGAACUGGAAUGACAAAAUCAUUAUAUCAGACAUUGAUGGAACGAUAACCAAGUCUGAUGCUUUAGGGCAGAUCCUCCCGCAGCUUGGCAAGGACUGGACUCAUCAGGGCAUUGCAAAACUCUAUCAUUCUAUAAAUGAAAAUGGCUACAAGUUUCUGUACUGCUCUGCUCGUGCCAUCGGAAUGGCUGAUAUGACCAGAGGGUACCUACACUGGGUGAAUGACAAAGGAACGAUUCUUCCUAGGGGCCCUCUCAUGUUGUCCCCCAGCAGUUUGUUUUCUGCCUUUCAUAGGGAAGUGAUAGAAAAGAAGCCUGAAAAAUUCAAAAUCGAAUGUUUGAAUGAUAUCAAGAAUUUGUUUGCUCCCAGUAAACAACCUUUCUAUGCUGCUUUUGGAAACAGGCCCAAUGAUGUGUAUGCCUACACACAGGUGGGAGUUCCAGAUUGUAGAAUAUUUACUGUGAACCCAAAGGGUGAACUGAUCCAGGAACAGACUAAGGGAAACAAAUCCUCGUAUUUCAGACUAAGUGAGCUUGUGGAACAUGUGUUCCCAUUGCUUAAUAAAGAACAGAGUUCCGCCUUUCUGUGCCCAGAAUUCAGCUCCUUUUGCUACUGGAGAGAGCCUCUUCCUGACCUGAACAUGGAAGACCUAGUCUGAAAAGCACUCCUCACCUAGAAAUGGAAUUUCAUAUUCAGCUACUCAACUUGAGUUUAAAUGUGAAGAACUUCCUUAAUGAAGAUGCUAAUUUAUAUACUGGUACCAUAAGUCUUACUAAAGAAAUCACUUUAACUCUGUUGGUUUGAGACAAAGAAAAUGCAAAGCUGCCGUCUAAUUUUUGUAUGUGUUUUUGUGGGUUUUUUUUUUCCUGUAGUGCUUGUCUUUGCUUAACUGUUCUGAGGCACUUGAGAUUGGCCUGUCAAUAAUGAUAAUGGUACUCAAGUGUUUCAUGACAAUUAAAUGCUGAGGUAAACUAUGAUAUAACUUUGCAUUUUCAUCAAUACAGACCUUGUUGUAAGCAUAGAUUUUUGUAUUAGUCUUAAUAGUAUAUUUUUAAAAAAGAAGCCAAAAAGGGUAUAGAAACCGCCAAAUAUAAUGUCAGACCUAUUAAUAAAAACCACAGUCUAAUGUUCAGAUGGAUAAUUAGGCCAUUUUACAAAGGAGUGAGAACCUAAGAACAGAGUGCUCUUUCUCGAAUAAAAUACCGAAAAUGUGUAAACAUUAACAGCCUGAUCCUCUGAACACAUAAAUUUCCUCUUUAAAUGUAAAUAUGCCUUUUUCACAUGUAGAAGACUGUGUACAGUUCAUGCUCAAACGAACUCUGCUUGCUUUUUUAAACAUGCAGUGCUUGGACCACUUUCUGAGCUUGUUAAAAUGAAAGUUGUCCUCAGAUACUUGUAUGGCUUUUGUUUACAGGCUGCAUUGUUUUAUGUUAAAUUUUGAUCAAGAGAAAUCUUGAAGAGUUCUUUAAGAGUUGGGGAGCUGGCAUUUUUAUUUCACUUUUCAGCACAGAGAUGCGUAUGUGUGUGUAUGCUGUGUAGGCCAGUAAAAAGUAUGUACAGAUUAUAUUCAGGGAAUUGUAAUACUAAGAAAAUGAUGUAUUUAAUUUUUUAAUUAUCUACUGCAGGUCUUUCCAGAAUACUGUACUGUAGAUUUUCAGUAGCUGGAAGGAGGUGCAGCACAAUAGUGAUAUUCCAGGUAUGAGAAUGGCUUAAAUGCUGCAGAGCAGAAUAAAACUUUUUUUUUUUUUCCUUUUGAGUAAUCCAUAAGCAUCAGGCUGGUCAUUCCUCAGGUUCAGAUCAGAGCCUGUAAACAAACUGCAUUCCAAGUCUGGUAUUUAUCAGCUGUAAAAGGAGCUAGUAUUCCUCUCUUCAACAGUACUUGAAGGCAAAAGUAGUUCUGCUUUUGGAGUUGAGUUAGUGCAUUUAACCUCCUUAGGACAAAUCUAUGAUGAGAAUCUGUUUCCAGUCCAGAAGGUUUAAGGACUAUUGUCCCUUAAACCUCUCAGUCCUGGGCUUCCCGUGGCCCACAACCUUUCUUGUCACUCCUUAACCAAGUUCCUGAGACUGUCCCUUCAGGGCAAUGCCCAAAAUUUCCAGCGGGCUCUGGGGAGGGAGCUCUCACCCCACCUUCCAGUGGUUGCACACUCCUGUGCCAAGAAGCAUGAGUGAUGCUGAGAAGGCAAUUACACUGUGGCCUGCUGUGGUACCUGCAGCAGCAUUUCUCUUGGUCAGAAACAGGGCUUGGGGGUGUCCUUCUGCUCCAGUCUACUUAUGCUGAGUAGAGGAAAGGAGGAGCUCAUGAUCUCCUUUUUUCACUACCUGCAAAAUAGUGUGUUUAAAGGAUUUUCCCCACCCACCCCCACCCCAUUUUCUUUAUAAGGCUGAAUAGUCUUACUGUAAGGUUCUGAUGUACCAUCAGCUAGCUGUAGUCAAUUGGUGAACUGCUUGGGAGACAACUUUUGGAUCAUUAUAUAAAAUAAGUUACUUUUUAGUUCUUCCAUUUUAAGGCUUCAGUGUAUUGCUGUGUCCACAAAAUAUUAAGGAAGGAGUCGGGGGGGAGGAGAAUCAACCUACAGUCUCUGUUUCAAAGCAGGAAUGAGAGACUGGGAAAGGAAAGGUACCUGUCUGUUCCUGUGUGCCAUAUAUUUAAGUGAAUUGAAAGGCAUCCUCAUUCUUCUACUGUGAGAACUAUAAUUCCUGUGACUGUUUAACAAACUCUUGGCUGUGGCACCGAUCUCAGUGUUUCAGUGGAUUUCACAGGAUUCAAUUCAAAGCAUAUUUUGUCCUACUGCACAGAUUUUUUGCACUGGCAGAAGCUUACAAAUGUCAUUCCAUGUAUUUUUUUUCCUUUCUUUUCUUACCUUUUGUUCCAUAGAUAUUCUUAUUAGAAGAAACUGAAAUUUUCAUGAUCAUUAAGAGCUUUGAAAACCAAUGAGAUUUGGGCUUUUAAGUGGCUUAAAUACUUUAAAAAAAAACCCAAUGUAAUAAAAUAUUUUAUUUAACAAGAUUAAAGAUUCUAUCUAAAUAUUCUGUUUUACAUGAAGGGAGUGAAGCUGCCUCUCUUAAAACAGUCUUUUGUGGAUGUCAAAAUUUUCUUUAUCAUGUUUAAUUGAUUCUUGAUGGCCUUGGUAUUAGGCAGGUUUUCUAAAAAUGAAAGCUCUUCAUGAAAAACAUAAAUUAUCAUUCCAAAUUGGACAGAUUAUUACUAAGUUUUGGCUGUAUCUUGAUUUUUUUCUUUUUUUUUUUUUUAACUUGGUUAAUUUUUUUUCUUCACUUGAAUUCUGUUUGUCCUUUCAGAUUGUCGUAGAUAAGCUGUGGAUUUUACAGUGGGGACUUGGGUAUAUGAACAGUGUGAAAGCUAAUAUCAUGUGUAUCUCCAAAUGCGUAUAGCUUAAGCUGGUAUGAAUUACAGAGCUGGGUGAUUGUAGAGAGCUCCUCAUUCUGCUAACCUAUUAUUUUGCAUUAUAGGGAUCUCCAAAAAGCUGCUUCGUUAAAAAAUUUUGUUUUUUCAAUCUCUCUGUGACAGUUCUAACUUUGAUAUUUGGUUUUUGAUGAAAUGUAAAAGUUUUCUAGAGUAUUUCUGAUACACGUAUGGUGAGGUUUUUUGCCUUUUUUUAAUUUGGAAACAUCUUUUAUUUGAAGCUUUGUUCAGAUUGUUUAACCCUGUUUAGGGACAGAAUUUGGGGGGCACUGUUCCUGUCAAUUGCAUACCUACUUAAUUUGGAUUACUGGGCACUUUAUUGACUCUAGAAAAGACAUCUUAUUACUAUAAAACUGUAGGUUUAUGCUGCAAUAUUAAUAGGAAGUGGGGUACAUAAGAAAUAUGCAUUAGCUUGUUCUUUGUUACCUUAGUCAAGAGAGGUGGCCUGAAACUAAUGUUUAAAAACAAGUUGUGCUAUACUUAUUUAGAAUUGGCACAAGCUAAAUCAUUCUUUCUAUGAAAGAGGAACUUCUACGUGUAUAUGUCUGUGGGCACAUACACAUCCCUGUUAAGACUGUGUUGUUGAAGAUGCAGAUCCUCUUAGCAUUGGAACCGUGUCAAAAGUUGAGUCAGUGAUAUGUAUCUAGGGGUAGAUAAGGAACAUUGCAAUUCGAGUCUCGUUAGUUACUUAGACAUUGCCCAUUUCUGUAAUUAAGGACUGGUAAUCAUUUGUAUACAAGUGGUAAACAUUCCUAGAUUUCUUUUUUUUUUUUUUCUACUCUUGUACUCUACUCUUGUACUUUAAAAAAGGUUGGGCUUUCAUCCUUAACAGUGUACAGUUGCAUGUGCAAUCUUGGCUCAUGUAUCUUUAGCUUCCUGUCAUCAGAAUACUCCUUUUAAAACUUUUUUUUUUUUUUCAACUGGAAAAGUUUUAACACUUGUGUCAACUCAAUUAUGGAACUUCUGAAGCAAACUCUGAAUCAGCUUAUGGUAACGCCAAAAGGGAUGAAGAGAUCUCAUGUUAAUAUUUCAUGCAAGUCUUGUAGAAAAUGCUCUCAGAUGAAUGAGAGUUGUUUAGAUGACUGUAGUGCAAAUUCAUAAUGAAAACAUCAAAAAUACAUAGUGAAGUUGAGAUGCCUUUAAAGUGUCACUUUUACCUAAAGAAGUCUUAGUUUCCAAAAUUAAAUCCUGCUGAAUAGAUUUUUUUUUUCAGUGUUAAUUAUUUCCAAAUGAAAGUUACAUUUUGGAUUUCUUUGAGGGUGGGAAAACUCUCUUCAACAGUUUCUAUUUCAAUUUUAUGUUGAACAUGUGGAAUAUUUGAUUGUUAGACAACCCAAUCACUAAUAAUAUAGCGUGUUUAAAAUUGUCAGAUCUGUGACCAUACCAAUACAGUCUUUUCUGUUGAUACUGGACUAUCCUGGGUGCAGUAACCCAUGCUUUGGUGCAAUGUUUAUUGAUGUUCAGAACAAUGUUACCACAAUAAAUAAACUUAAACUAAAGAUUUC